AUGCUCACCCUCUCCGCCCUCAUCCUCCUCACCCUAGCAUGCACCUGGCUCACCCUCCGCCACCACCGCAACCGCCGCCGCUCUCCCCCCCUCCCCCCAGGCCCAAACACCCUAACAGCCCACCUCGCCGGCCCCACCAACCACACAGCCUUCACAAAAUGGACUCACCAGUACGGACCCAUCGUCAGCGCCAACAUAGGCACAAGAACCUACAUCAUCCUCGGCACGCGCCGCGCCGCGCAAGACCUGCUCGACAAGCGCGGCAGCAUCUACAGCUCGCGCGCCCCGUCCGUCCUCCUGGACAGAUACCUGCACAAGGGUCUUGCCGCGGCGUUUAUGCCGUAUGGGCCUGAGUGGAGACUUAAUCGGCGGUUGCAUGCGAGUGUGCUUAAUGUUCGCGCUGUGGAUAUGUAUCGGGGGUUGCAAGACUCUCAGAGCAAACUGCUGCUGCGUAGCUUCCUCCACAGCAGUGAUUUUAGUUCCGCGUUCCAUAACUACACCGCAGACCUGAUGUUCACCCUCGCCUUCGGUAAAGGUCAAGGAAAAGGCAAAGACGACGCAGACCACCGCCGCAUCGAGCAGAUCAACGAGAUGGCGACGUUCGUGCUACAGGGUGCGUCUACGAUGGGGGUCUUACUAGAGCUCUUCCCCUUCUUGGAUGUCCUUCCUCGAAAUCUCAUCAUGCGCUGGCGCUCCCAAGCAGCCGCUAUCCACGAGAAGACGAAGCGUGUAUACAGCGAGUGCUGCCGCAGCGCGCUGGAGGCUACUGAUUGCUGGAACUGGGCGCGAGAGAUUACGAGCACCCAGCGCAAGGCGGGUGCUGAGACUGCCUUGUUGAGUGACAGCGACGCGCUGAGUUACUCCGUCGGCGAGCUGUACGUUGCGGGCGUGCAUACCACCCGGAUGGUGCUGGAGGUUGUGGUGCUAGCUGCACUGCGCUAUGCAGAUACCGUGAGGCAGGCACAAGCGGAGCUAGACGCCGUAGUUGGCGAAGAGCGCAUGCCGGAUUUCACAGACCUCGACGCAGACAAACUUCCCUACAUUCGCGCGUUCGUGAGCGAAGCACUCCGCUGGAAACCCAUUUCUCCGAUCGCAGUCCCGCACGCUGUUAUCCAGGACGACGAGUACAUGGGGUAUCGGAUUCCGCGCGGGGCGACUGUUAUUGCGAAUCAGUAUGCUAUGAAUAUGGAUGAGGGGGUCUGGGGUGAUCCGGGGGUGUUUAGACCCGGGAGUGCUUGGGUAAGAAAAAUGUCCAACUGCCAUCUCACCUCCAUCGACCUCAACGACCCAUCCCAAUUCACAGAACUCGCUCACCAACGCCGCCUCUGCGGAUGGGACUAUGAUCCCGCUACCCUAUCUACUUGGAAGCAGCUGCAGACUGAGAGCUUGAAAGUGCUUUUCUGGAUAGUCACGUCAUCUACCUCCGCAUCCUCAUCCUCAUCCUCUACCAACACAACCACAGAUACAUCCACGAAUACGACAACAACCACAGACACAGACACAAAAAUCUACUGCGGCCACAUCUCCCUAGAACCAACCCCCACCCCCAAAACCCUCUCCAUAAAAACCCUCUUCAUCCACCCCACCCACCGCCGCAGCGGCACCGGCCGCCGCGCAAUGCAACUCAUCGAAAAAGAAGCCUCCGCGCGGGGCGCGCAGUGGCUGGAACUGACAGCCCUGAGCAAGCGGUAUGUGUACGAGCCCGAGUGGAGGGGUAUCUGGGAGACGAAGUUUGGGGUGGCACCGCCGGCGUUUAGUGUGCAGGAGUGGUAUGAGGGGAUGGGGUUUGUGGUGUGGAAGGAGGAGCCUGUUACGGAGGAGAGGGGAGUUGAUGGGGAGGUUGUGUUUUUGUGGGAGGCUUUUAUGAGGAAGGGGUUAUAA